AGGGGGAAAGUAAGUACUGCCGUGGUCUCCCAGGGGAUUUAUUGUAUGAAUAACAGGGACUUCGAAGUACCCAACAUGCCAACCUUCCGUGCGUUUGUUUGUACGAGGGCUCCGCAACGCCAUGGACAACACAGUCGACAGGCUGCAUAGGAUAAUCAGUAUAUCAAACCAACAGCAAGCAUGGACUUCAACGGAACCUGGAAGGUGUAUUAUGAUGACAAUCUGGAAGGGUUUCUGAAAGCAAUGUCUGUACCUGAGAUGAUGAUCAAAAUGUCCAAGGACGUGAAGCCGGUGACCGUCAUAAAGCAGAACGGCCCUAACUUCACCAUCGAGGUGAAGACGCCCGUACGCACCAACGUCAACUCCUUCAGCCUGGGGAAGGAGACGGAGAUCACCGCUAUGGAUGGGAGGAAGUUCAAGUGUACAGUCAGGGAAGAGGAGGGGAAGCUGGUGUUCGAAACAGACAAGUUCACCUCUGUUCGUGAGAUCCAAGGAGAGGACAUGGUGGAAACGGUGACUGCUGGCUCCGCGUGCCUCAUCAGGAAAAGCAAGCGGGUCUGAUGAACGUCGGCAACUACCAAUAUGGCCACCAGAUCGCGCCAAAGUCUUCCUCAAACGACAUUAAAUGAUUUGAAGCAAAUAAAA